CAACAAUUAUUAGAGCAUAUUAAUGAAGGUGAAAUGAUAGAUAGAAGGACAGAUGAUGUGAUCGAUAAAAAGACAGAUGAUGUGAUCGAUAGAAGGGCGGAUAAUGUGAUCAAUAUAAGAGAGAAUGAUGUGAUCGAAGUGACUAAUGAGGCAGAAGAUUAUGUAGUAGAUGAUGUAGAUGAUAUGGUAAAUGAAGCAGUGAUAGAUGAGAUUGCAGACCAAGUGGUAGAAGUGAUUGUGAACAAAAUGGAUAGGGCAGUAGAAGAGAUGGGGGAAAUGGUGAAUAAAGAGGUGAACGAAAGUGUAAAUGAAGUGGUAGUAUAUGAAAUAAUGGAUGAAAUAAUGGUCAAUGAGAUGACAAAUGAAAGCGAAGAGGAAAAAGAAAAUAUGUUAACCGAU